AUGGGUGUACAUAAUAGUAAAGAGAUUAGAGGCAAUCAAUAUAAUGAUGAACAACCACAACAAAUUGAACAGCAGCAACAACAUCACACCAACCAAAUACAGCAACAACAACAACAGCAACAAAGAGUUUUAUCAGAUACUGCAAUACAUGUAAAGAAAAGAAUUUCAUUAAGAAAAAAAUUAAAAUCAAUUUCAUUUUCAAGUUCAAAAUCACCUAUAUUUUCACCAAACAACAGCAACUUUACCAAUAAUAAUUAUAGUAGUACCAAUAAUAAUAUUAAUAAUAUCAAUAAUAUUCACAGAGAAAAAGAAAAUGAAGAUUUAGGAAAUGAUCAAGAUGAAAUUAACAAUACCGAUGAUGAAAACUUAGACUAUGAAUAUGAUGAAGAAGGAACAAGUGACGAAGAAGAAAUAAUCGAUGAUACUCUAGACGAUACUGCAUUUUUACCAAGAAUUGCCUCAAAAAACAAAAACGAUAACAAUACAGUUUUUUCCCCAUCUAUAAUAAACAACAAUGAUAAAAACAAUAAUGGCUCCUCAUCAUCCCCUUCAUCAUCAUCAUCAAUUGUAUCACCAUCAAUUUUAAAUCAACAAACUCCUGUAAAUAAUACAACAAAUUAUAUAUCAUCAUCAUCAAAUUCUAAUUGGUAUUCAUUAGAGAAUGCCGAAAGCUAUACAAUUACAAAAGAGAAUGAUAAGAAUGUAUGUGUAAUAUCAAUGGAAGAUAUUAUAUAUAUUCUUGAAGAACAAGUUAGUAGAGCAUCCGAAAUUUUAGGUUUGGACUUACCAUCGUCCUCAACAAUACUGAUUCACUACAAAUGGAAUAUGGAGACUUUAUUAUUAAAUUUUAUUGAAAAAGGAGAUGAAGUAUUAUUUGCAGAAGCAGGUGUUUUUAACCCAACCGAAAAAUCACAAGAAAAUAUAAAAAUAAUUGAUCUAUUAUUACCAAUCGGAAGCUAUUUAAAAAAAGGUGGUGAAUUUUUAGUUAACUCUUCUCCAUCUUCAAUAAAUUCCGCCAACUUAACACCAGUAAGCACCACUAAUAAUAUAAUACCAAAUAAUAAUACCCCACCAUCAAAUACAAAUAACGAAAACUUUAAUAAUACUCUUAAUGAAAUUAUAAUGUUCCCAGACUCACCGCAAAGAAUAAGGUCAUCUUUAAGACCCCUAAGAGUUAGAUGGGAUAAUAAUAAUAAUAAUAACAUUACCAAUAAUAAUAACAUUGCAAAUAAUUACAUACCAAAUAUAAGAGCAAGGACCCACAACCAUAUGAAUUCAAUUACAAUCAAUGCAUGGAAUCUACCUUCCUCGUCGAUAAGCAAUAUUAACAAUACCCAAUAUUUAAACAACCUUAACAAAGCAAUAAUAAAUAGCCCCCCAUUUCAAUCAUCUUCACAAACUACAAAUAUGGAAAUUAAUACAAACGAUGAUUUUGAAGAAACUAUAGAUGAUAUUUAUAACAAACUUAAUGACAUUUCAAAUUCAUUUGAAUCAAAUCAUACAUUUAAAGAACUUAAUGAAUAUCGUCAAAUGGAACUUAGAGCCUCUCAAGAAAAAGAAGGUGAAAAAAAGGACCAAAUGUGCAGCUCAAGUAUAAAUAAUUUUAAUAGUAAUUUAAACAAUAUAAAUAAUAACAAUAAUAAUUUAAAUAACUUUAACAAUAUAAACAAUAACAACAAUAUAAAUAGUAAUAAAAAAAUAGUACCCAAUAAUAAACUUUUAGAUAUUAAAUAUGAUAUUUCAAAUCCACCUCCAAGCCCUAGACCAGUAAGAAGGUUAGCUUUUGUAAAGAUGCUAAAAAAAGAUAAUAAUGAACUCAUAACAAAACAACAAGUCCAACCAAAACCAUUUGAGUACUAUAUAAACAAUAGAAAUGUUAAUAAUUUAGAAAUCUCAGGUGACGGAAAUACUAAUGAAAAUGAAAAUACUCAAAACAAUUCAAAAGAUGAAAAAACCACAACUACAACUACUACUACUACUACACCUACAACUACAACUACAACAACUACUACCACUACCACAACCACCUCAACUACCAACAACUAUAGCCCAUACAUUAGUAGCAAUUUAAAUCCAAUGUCAUUAAGCUCUGAUAAUUCAUUUUUAUGUACAACCGAAGAAAUUGAUAAAACAAACAGUACAUAUACAUUUAACAAUGAAAUUAGUAGCGAAAGUGGAGAAAGUGAAACUAAUUUUCCAACCCCUCCAACAACACGUUUAAAUAACAACAGUAAUGAAAAUAAUAUUCAACCCAACAACAAUACUGGGGUUAAUAUCAAUGAUAACAAUUCAAACGAGGAUGAUGAAUAUUCGGAAAAAGAUGGUGCAGAUGAAGAAAUUUUAAAUUUAGACGGUGCCGCAAUAAUAAAUGAAGAUAAUCAAAAUGAAAGUGAAAGUGAAAGUGAAAGUGAAAGUGAAAGUGAAAGCGAAAGUGAAAGUGAAAGCGAAAGUGAAAGCGAAAGCGAAAGUGAAAGUGAAAGCGAAAGCGAAAGCGAAAGUGAAAGUGAAAGUGAAAGUGAAAGUGAAAAUGAAAAUGAAAAUAAAAAUAUAAACAAUAAUAUUACAAAUAAUAACUACAACGACAACAACCAUAAUAAUAAUUGUAACAAUAUAAAUAAUAAUAAUAUUAACCAAAAUGAAAAUGAAAAUGUAAACAAUAACAAUAUAGAAAAUAACAUCAUUGAAAAUAUUUAUUAUAGUUUUAAUAAUGAAAAUAAAUCACCAAAAACAGAAAUUGAAACAAAAACUGAAGAAAAAAACAUAGGCAAAGAAAAUGAGGAAGAAAUAAUGUGUAAUGUUUGCUUAACUGAAACGCCAAAAUCAAAUACAUUUUCAUUGUCAUGCAAACAUAGCUAUUGUUUAGAUUGUUGGGAUUCAUACUUAACAACCAAAAUUGAAGAAGGUCCUGCUUGUUUAUUUUCAAGAUGUAUAGAACCAAAGUGCAAAUUGGUUUUAAAUAUUUUAAAUUUUAGAAAAAUAUUAAAUGAUAAAGUUUAUUGUAGGUAUCUAUAUAUUUAUAUUAAAUCAUUUAUUGAACAUAAUCAAAAAACAACUUGGUGCUCAAAUCCACAAUCAUGUAAUAUGGCAAUACACUAUCACGGGAUCGACCUACCAAAAAUAUUAAAUGUAACAUGCUCAUGUAAUUGGAGAUUUUGUUUUCAUUGUGGUGAAGAAUAUCAUAUGCCUGCAUUAUGUAAUCAAUUAGAUGAUUGGAAAAUUUUAAAAAAUAAAGAAGAGGGUCAAAACGCUAUCUGGUUAAGUCACAAUACCAAAAAAUGCCCAAAAUGUAAAAUACAUAUAGAAAAAAAUGAAGGCUGUAUGCAUAUGUGUUGUAGUAGUUGCAGAGCAGAGUUUUGUUGGCUAUGUAAAGGUCCUUGGUCAGAACAUGGAGACAGAACAGGUGGCUUUUUUUCAUGUAAUCGUUAUGAUCCAUUAAAACAUGAUACACCAGAUUUAGACAAAACCUUUGGAACAUAUGCACAUCAUUUCCAACGUUAUAAUUAUCAUCAAAAUGCUAAGAAAUACGCAAUGGGUAAAUUAAAAAUACUUGAACUAGAUGAAUCCAAACUAUUAAAACUACCUCUUAACGAACUUCAUCUACAAAUUAUACAGGUGGGUAAACAAUUUAUAUAUGAAGCUAUGAAUUUAAUUUUAGAGUGCAGACACACAUUAAAAAACACCUAUGUCUAUGGCUACUAUAUUAAAGAUAACAAAGAAAGAGAACUAUUCGAAUUUUUACAAGAAGAUUUAGAAAAAAGUACUGAACACCUUUGUGAAAUUGUGUUUGAUGAAAUAACAACCUAUCAUAGAUAUAUCUAUAAAUACCCAACAGCGAUCUCACGCCUAUCUUCCCCCUCAUCAUUUAAUCCACCAAUCAAUCAUAGCAAUAGCAAUUUAGAUUUUAAUACCUACGAUAACCAUAAUUAUAGCUCGUCACUAUCAUCCUCCACAUCCUCCCUUGAAGAAGAUAAUAAACAAUAUUCAGGUUUAGAAUUAAUACAAAUGUUUGAAACCCAAUCGUUCCAACAUGUUCAAACCUACCAUAAAACAACAAAAAAAUUUUUAGAGAAUCUUUUAUCAGGUAUUUCAAAUGGUCUGUUAUCAGAUUAUGGCCCCCCCUCAAAUCAUAGUUUAAAAAUUCAAAACAAUUCAAAAAAACACAAAGGUUCAUUAUCAUUAUUUAAAAGAAAAAUUACAUUUCCAAAAAUCUAA